CGCUUUCCUAAUCUCUGAUGUCAAAAUUAAAGAGGAUAAUAUAUAUAUAUAUAUAUAUAUAGAGAGAGAGAGAGAGAGAGUAUAAUGGAGAUGGAGGGCAUUAUGGAGGUGGGGUUCUGCUGCAAUUGCAAUGUGAUUAACAAAUUCACCCAAUUUUAAAAGGGGAAAAAUAGCUACAGGUAUAUUUCUUGCUUGCCCUCCACUUUAUUUAGCAAAAAGAGAAGAAGUGUUCUUUUGUUGUUUGCUCGAUUAAUUGCAGCAGAUCUCUCAUAGUUCUUCCCCAAACUCUCUGAUGUCAAGUUUGGCACUUAAAUCCGCCGUCGCCGACGAAAACGGGUCUUCCUCGAGCGAUGACUACGUGGCAUUGGGGCUAUACGAAGCGAGGGGCGAGAGGCGAAGGGAGCCUCGGGUAUUGUCGCUUCUCUCGGCAUUGCUCGAGAGAUCGGUCCGGAAAAACGAAAGGAUGGUCGAGACUUCACGAUAUAAAGAUCGCGCCACGUUGUUCCACGGAGUAAGCGCGCCGUCCCUCACGAUUCACCAAUACGUCGUACGGAUCUUCAAGUACUCGCGUUGCAGCCCCUCGUGCUUCGUCCUUGCACAAGUGUACAUCGACCGAUUCAUCCGAUGCACGGCCCUAAUCUUGACAUCCCUCACCGUACACCGCCUCCUCAUCGCCGCCGUCGUCGUGGCCGCGAAAUUUAUCGAUGAUUCAUUCUUCAACAAUGCGUACUAUGCGAGAGUCGGAGGCGUGAGCACGGCGGAGCUAAAUAAGCUUGAGAUGAAGCUGCUAUUCGGGUUGGACUUCCGACUUCACGUCACGGUGGACACGUUCGACGACUAUUGCUCGACACUUAGACGGGACGGUGUUGCCGUGACGGGAGGAUUCGGCGACCGUCGGAUUGGGACGGAACUACACUAGGGUUUUGGGGGCAAUUGACCUCCCAAGCCCAAUUUAUGUAUUUAUAUAUAGUUUGUCCUUCUUAAAAUUAUUUAAAUUCAUAUAUAAUUUUAUCAUUAUUUUUUAUUUAAAUUUAUUAGUUAAAUAUUAAAUAAAUUAUAACAUUGUCCCACUUCGAAAUUUAGAUACUAGUUUCGUAACUGCCUUCGGACGGGUGCUUGUGGCGUGGAAGGCAAUAACGUGGCAAGUAAAGAUGAUCCAACUUGUGCACACUAAGUUGCUAGAUGAAGAGGAAUUUGGGUUUGUUUGGCUGUGGUUUU